CCCCAAGGGAAACAUGGAUGCAGUUCAGGCACCAGCAACUGGCAGUUCCAAUGCACUGCAUCUCUCCCUGGCUUCCAGAAUUCUUUGGAAGUAUUUCCCUGCCUCAUUUUGUCUUGUGCAAGUUUUUUUCAUAAUUUGAGGCUUCAGCUGUGACGUGGGAUGCCAUGGCCAGCUCCUCGGACAGUGACGACGAUGGCUUCAUGGCCGUGGAUCCAGAGGACGCCGCAGUGGAAGGGACGAUGGAGCAGGAGGAUGAGCCCCACACUGAGCUGGAGGUGGAGGAGCCCAGGCCCAGCUCCAGAUCGAUGCUGGAGCUGCCAGAAGAGGUUUUGGAAUACAUCCUGUCCUUCCUCUCUCCCUACCAGGAGCACAAAACCGCCGCCCUUGUCUGCAAACAGUGGUAUCGACUGAUCAAAGGUGUGGCCCAUCAGUGCUACCACGGCUUCAUCAAGGCAGUGCAGGAAGGGAACAUCCAGUGGGAGAGCCGCACGUACCCCUACCCCGGCACCCCCAUCACCCAGCGCUUCUCACACAGUGCGUGUUACUACGAUGCCAACCAGUCCAUGUACGUGUUUGGGGGCUGCACCCAGAGCAGCUGCAACGCCGCCUUCAACGACCUCUGGAGACUCGACCUCAACAGCAAGGAGUGGAUCCGGCCCCUGGCCUCAGGUUCCUACCCCUCUCCCAAGGCUGGGGCCACGCUGGUGGUCUACAAGGACUUGCUGGUGCUUUUUGGGGGCUGGACCCGGCCCAGCCCUUACCCCCUGCACCAGCCCGAGAGGUUCUUCGAUGAGAUCCACACCUACUCCCCCUCCAAAAACUGGUGGAACUGCAUCAUGACCACCCACGGCCCCCCUCCCAUGGCAGGGCACUCCUCCUGUGUCAUCGAGGACAAAAUGAUCGUUUUUGGGGGCUCCCUUGGAUCCAGACAGAUGAGCAACGACGUCUGGGUGCUGGAUCUGGAGCAGUGGGCUUGGUCCAAGCCCAGCAUCUCUGGGCCCAGCCCUCACCCGCGCGGGGGCCAGUCCCAGAUUGUGAUAGACAACGAGACCAUUCUAAUCCUCGGCGGCUGCGGGGGUCCCAAUGCACUGUUCAAAGACGCCUGGUUGCUGCACAUGCAGGCCAACCCCUGGACGUGGCAGCCGCUCAAGGUGGAGAACGAGGACCACGGAGCCCCGGAGCUGUGGUGCCAUCCCGCGUGCAGGGUGGGGCAGUGCGUCGUGGUCUUCAGCCAAGCCCCCAGCGGCAGAGCCCCGCUGAGCCCCAGCCUCAACUCCCGCCCGUCCCCCAUCAGCGCCACGCCGCCCGCCCUGGUGCCCGAGAUGCGGGAAUUCCGCUCCCAGUCUCCGGUCAGGAGCACGGACGAGGCUCCCUGCGUCAACGGCCGCUGGGGCACCCUGCGGCCCCGCAGGCAGACGCCGUCGGGCUCGCGGGAGGGCAGCCUGUCCCCAGCCAGAGGGGACAGUUCCCCGGUGCUCAACGGCGGCACCGUGUCACCCGGAGCGGCGCCGGCCGGCGGGGCCUCGCUGGACAGCCCCGUGCAGGCCCUGUCCCCCAGCACCCCCUCGGCCGCCGAGGGCUUCGACCUCAAGGUAGGGCCGGCCCUGGCGCCGCGCCGGGGCUCGCUGCCGGAGCAGACGGAUCUGCGCCUGGCCGCCGCGGAGCUGGGCUGGGAGCAGAAGCCCACGUCCCUCCUGUGCCAGCUGGACGGCGCGGAGGGCAGGACAGCGGGCACGCGGAACCCUCCGGAGCACACCAACGGCGUCCACACCCCGCCCCACGCCGCCCUGCCCGGCGCCGUGUCCCCCGGCGCGCUCCGCCGCAGCCUGGAGGCCGUCAAAGCUCUCUCCUCCAAAGCCCCCUCGGCCGCGCUGAGCCCUCCCCUGGCGCUGUCCCCGGGGUCCCCGGGCGCCGAGCCGGGCUUGGCGCGGCCGGGCGCCGCUCAGGGCGAGGGGCACUCGCUGCCCCCCAUCGCCCGGCGCCUCGGGCACCACCCGCCGCAGUCGCUGAACGUGGGCAAGCCGCUGUACCAGAGCAUGAACUGCAAACCCAUGCAGAUGUACGUGCUGGACAUUAAGGACACCAAGGAGCGGGGACGAGUCAAGUGGAAAGUGUUCAACAGCAGCUCCGUGGUGGGGCCGCCCGAGACCAGUUUACACACGGUGGUGCAAGGCCGAGGGGAGCUGAUCAUAUUCGGUGGCCUCAUGGACAAGAAACAAAACGUCAAAUAUUACCCCAAAACAAAUGCCUUGUACUUUGUGCGAGCAAAGAGAUAAUGCGGCCCCCGGCCGCCGCCGCCACCUGUCCCCUCCGUCCCCACAGCUCCUCCUCCUUCCCCAGCCCCUUCCCAACACACAGGCGUUCAAACUGUGAAUUAGGGGAGCAGGAAACCAAUAAAAGUCCAAGCAAACCCUCCGGCACUGCCCUGGCAGUUCCCAGUACAGCCCCAGUCGAGCGAGUUGUGUUUACAGGUGGGGAAGGAUCCGAGGAUUUGGGGUGAGCGGCCAGGGAAUUCCUCCAGCCAGGAUCCUCCUGGCUUUGCUUUCCGAGCGUUGGCGAGUCUCUGUCCCUCCUGAACUCCUCGUGGGGUUGUGAGCAGAAGUGGUUUUAUAGGAAUAACCCAAAUUCCAGCAGGCAGGAGGCGGUUAGCUUGAUUAAUUCCGUGCUCAACUUGGUCAGGAAAACAACAGCAAUAUCCCACUGGGAACCUCCCAGCGCUGCCAACCUUUGCUCGACACAAACACGAUGCCUUUUUAUUUUGCCUCUCACCUGCCGCUCAUCCCUGUCCUCCAGGCAGGACCAAAAGAAGGAGGAAAGGACGUUUUUUUUUUUUUCUGUUGUGUCAAAAUGCCAAAAAUCUUGAUUGUUAGCAUCCCUCCUCUCCCUGCCCUGCUGGAUCAGGCUUUGGGAUCAGCCCUGAUCCCCUCUGCCCAGCAAAAAUACUCUAAAAUUCCCAUUAUUCCCUCAAAACUGAGAUAUUGGGCUGCCCAAUUCCCUUCUAGACUUCAAGGCUUCAUUCAAUCCAGCAGCCCGAAGCCAUCCAAGGCCGGAGCCUGGGAACAGGGUGGGUUUUCCAGGGAAAAAGGACAGAUCGUGGUAAAUCCGAGGGCAGCCUCGAUGCAGUAACUUCACCUCAUCUUUGCACGUGCCUCCUUUCGCAAAGAUUAAAUCCAAAUCCAAAGGGAUUGAACCUGUGCGUCCUUCUGGGACAGCCCCCAUCCUCCCCUGUCCCCUCCAAGGGGGUGAAAACGGGGCGGAUUCUGCCAGGUUUUGGUCAACAACCUCCAGCACCCCACAAGCGGAGCCCUCCCCAAGCCGGCAGCGCCAUGACGUGGUCCCUUCUUCCCGAAAUUUUUCUUCUCCAUUCCCACUGAGCUUUUUGCCGGUCGGAGCCUUAAAUCCCAUCCCAGCCGCGUGGGGACGGGGAGGGAUUCGUGUUCCCACCUCUGUAAAUAAACCCCUCACCGAGUCCCACCUCUGCCCUUGGUCCCACAACGAUCCCGUUUCUCCUAAGGGAAAGCAAAAUUCCAUUUUAUUUUUUUUUUUCCCCCCCACCCCCUCAAAAAAAAAAAACCCAGACCUCAGGAGCACCUUGGGUGAGCUGUGGAAUUUUCCCUCUCCGAGCGUGGCCGUGGGAAAGGCGCUCGAGGCUUCGGCAUCGAUUGGCACGUGCCCUUUGCAUGUUUUUUGUCAUCCAUCCCCCCCUCCCCCCCCAAAACAAAAAACCACAAAAAGAGUCAAACCCCGGGAUGGACUUGGUGUCCUUGUCCCUGCUGAGCAUCCCUGGAGGGCUCCCAUCCCGGGAUCCCCCCGGUUCUGUGCCGUUGUGCGGAGAUGCGGCCGCGGUUGGGAUGCGGUGCUGUGAGCGAGGUGUGUCCCCCCAGCGCCACUCAGGUGUCCCCAACGCCCCCGCGCCCGGCGCAGCCAUGGGAAGCCAUUCCGGUGAUAUUUAAAAUCUUGUGUACGUUUUGGGGCGAUUCGUGGGGGUCCCUCCCCCGCCUUCCCAACAAAUUUUUAGUGGUUUAACAAAUAAAAAGGAAAAUAAAUGGA